AAAAAGGAUUAGUCCAAGGAAACACCAUUUAUAUUGUGUUUGAAGAGCACAUCAAGUUUUAAGUCAAAAACAAGCUUUAUCUUACUCGAUCUGAAAAACGAUGAAUUAAAGUUAUUUCCUUUGCAAUAUAGUUUUAGUGGCAUGAAAUUCCAUUGAAUUCUGCUUUUUCACUCUAUUUUUUAUUUCAAAACAUGGCCACUAUGAUACGGGUAGCUUGUCUAACAUAGUGAAUCUGUUGUUUGUUAUCUAGUUACUGUCGCUGAAGCUAACACUCUAACUGCACAUGCAAGCACUGAACUCCCUGCACAGCUAACUGUCUCAGUCAAAGAUAGAAUUCGAGAAUUCAGCAGAUCUGCAAAUGAUUUAUCUGUGAUGGAUCGUCCACGCUCGCAGUCUGCUAAGCAAGCAGGAGUUAAACGGAGUGAUUUACUUUUGGAUCGUUCAAGGCCAAGGUCACAGUCAGCCAAUCAACCAGGAGUUGACACAUGUGAUUCACCUGACAGAGAAAGGUCGCAUUCAGAGUCACUUAAACAACCAGGAGAUGACCGAAAUUUGCCUGCAGAUGAUCACUCAAGAAUGGCCUCAACUGGACAACACAUAAAGCUAUCAAGGAAUGAGUACAGGAAAAGUGCACCAAAGUUGGGGUUCAGUCGUCGCAUCAAGGUGUAUGACCAUGGAGCUCAGAGUGAUACAGGUGACCUUGGGUACCAUAGUAACCAUCCCAAUGACCUUGAUAGCGUCUAUGAGCAAUACAAUACAAUGAGUUUCGAUGAUGGUCAACUAGAUUCCCUUGCCCAGGCUAAUAUUGAUGCCUCGAGAAGUUAUGAUGUUGACCGGAAGAAGAAAAUUCCUGAUGGAGUAAAACCUAAAGUUAAGCGCAGUCCAGAUAAUACCAAACAAAAGGAAAUUUCAAGAAAGUCUCCUAAGCCUAGACGUGUCUUGCCACAAAUUCCUCCCCAACCACAUCAUAGUGCCCCAGAAUUACAAGAGCAACACCCAGAUGCAUCUCAAGAUAAAGAUGGAAGCACUGAACUUCAAGUAGAAUCCCCAAGAGGGUCUGAUGUGCAAAAAGAGAAUAAUGUACAUGAUGGUGCAUUAGAACACAGACAAGCCUGGUUAGCUUCCCACCAACAAUCAGGCUCUGGGUUUUCUUCUCCUAGAAGUUCAUCUUCCCCUAUACAUCCACUUCAUUCAAGCCACAGUGCUUCAAGUCUAUAUGGGGCUGAUGGUGAUGUUUCUUCACAGGGAACAGACAUGGAUUCCAUCUCUGAGGUUAAACCAUUCGUUCUUGCAAAGCGUCAAAUCCCAGAUGAUGAGGCAUCCAUCAGUAGUACUGACAGCCCUAUUGUACGUAGAAAACAUGGCAUGUCUGGGUUCAAUCCCCACAAGAAGUACCCUGAUCGCUACUCUGAGGCAGCACUUUCUGGUAAUGUAUGUCAUCAGAGACAGAACCCAGAGACAACACUUAUCGGUAAUAUGGAUCCACCUGUGGUUGGUCAUAAUUCUAGUCAAGCAAGCUUCUUUGCUCAGGAUUCUGACCAGGUGGUCCUGGGGCAGGUGAAGAGAAAUGCCACAAAGUUGUCCCGUAAGGAGUCAAACUGUACUUUAUACUCAUCAUCAGAUAAUGAGUCACUUUCUCCUCUGGCUGGGACUGUUUAUUUUGGACCACCACCAGCAAAGGUCUCCAAGUCAAAGGCCCACCCAGGAAGAGCUGCCCAAAUUAAGACAAAAUCAAGUUCAGAGAAAGGUAAAUCAAAUCAGGAUGAGGAUGUAUACCAGUCUAAAGUACACCAAGGGAAAGCUAUUCAGAAGAAAGCAAUGCUGAGUCAAGAGAAAGGCGGCCCAAAAAAGGAUGAUGAAAUACACCACUCUAAAGCACAUCAAGAAAGACCUAUACAGAAGAAAGCAAUCCAAGGUCAAGAGAAAGGCAGACCAAAAAAGGAUGAGGAAAUGCACCUGUCUAAAUCACAUGAGGGAAGGGCUGUCAAAAAUAAGGCAAAGCCAACUCAAGAACAAAAUAGGGAAAGACCAGAAGAGGAAGUAGAAAUAUAUCCAUGGGGUGAUGGCAAAGCACAAAACAAAAAUGCUACUUCGGAAGGUGCAAAAUCCAUGACUGAUACCAGAAACACUACAGGUGAAAGAGGGAAAAAAAGGCUGAAAGAUAUAGUUGCCCAAGAUAAUUUCAAAGAAUUGAUAGGUCGUCAUUUAUAUGGCAGAACUUAUUCUCAGUCAGAAAUGGAACAUAUGAGUAAGUCAGGGAGAAAACUUGGUCAAUUAGCAUAGGUAUUUGCUUUAUGAUUUUUACGCUGGUUUUGGUAAUUUUGAAAGGUGAUGGGCUGCCUAAAUGCAAUUUAUAUAUGUAGGAUAUUUAGGAUUUACAUGCAUGUCAUGGGGGUAUACUAUGGGUGUUUAAAAUGGAGAAUGUCAUCUUGGUCAUGUUUUAAAAUGGAAAUGAAGAAAUUAAGUAAGCUUGGACGUAGACAACACUAACUGGUAUAGUAAUUCAAUGAGUAUAGUUCGUUUCAUGCAGGGUCAGCUAUGGGUGUAUGAUAAAACCAAAAGUCUACUAGAUGUUUGAAAACCAUGUUUGCUUCAAUAUGUUGCAUAGAUGACCCUGCAUGAUUUCAAGAAAAUGUAAGAGAAAAUUAUGAACUUAAUAAGGAACGUGACCAGAAUGACAUUUGAAGCAUGGGUUUGUGGCGGUAUGUAUUUAUUCAUAACAUAUCCAACAUUUUUUGUAAGCAAAAUUGAUGCGCACAACAUGUAAUAAAAACUCCCUUUAUGUUUCAAGAGAACUUUGAGGUGAAAAUCAUAUUUGGAUAAUUAGUAAAAAUGUAAACCUGGUGAUUUCAAGGAGGAUUUGAAGCUGUUAUUCAAACUCGAUACUCCAUUACAUGGCAUAGACCAAUCUGGUAACAAUAUU